UCCACCAGCCUGGAGGUAGAGGGUUAAGAGAGGCAAAGUGGAGAUCAAAAGAAUAGAGGAAAACAGGGUCAGGCUCUGAGAAGCUGGAAAUGAAAUUAGAACAUUGGUGGAAAUACGAGGAAGGCGUGGCAGGAGAGCCGCAUGCCAACCGGGAAGAUCCUUGGGCCGAUUAAGACUCAUGCAGGGUGUUCGCUAGAGGAAAAAAUGAAAGGGUGUUGGGGUGAAGAGCUACGAAGGCUUCGAUGACAGCUCGGACUGGGUGUUCGAUUUGCAGGGGCGGGGGCGACCCAGGAGUUUUCCAUUGUACGCGCCCCUGCGCUCCCUCCCCUCUCUUCCCCGCCCCCGCCCGAGCCCGAGUCCGCACAGCGCCGGGCCUCAGCACCCGUCGCUGCCUGUGCCUCCCAUUUGCCCAAGGUCAACAAAGGAACUUGCCUAACUCGCCACUAGAGCCCAGUCUCGCACUUCUUGAGGCUUGCAUCUUGAUUACUGUGUGGUCUGUGCUGAGGUGGAGGGGUUUUCUUACAUGCCUGUUUUCAUCAAAAUGAGUGUUAGUAUCACCUUUGUAAGACCUUUUACCAGAGUUUUGGUACCAUUUACCCUUAACAGGAAGAGACGGGUUUUAUAUUCAACAAUUCUGCCGAGAUACAUGUCUUCCAAAAUACCUGCUGUGUCCUGUCCUAAUAAGGAGAGUACAUCACCUCCUAAACAGCUGGAAUUGGAUGGGUGGAAAAUUACAAUGAAAUCUAGUGUGCAAGAAAGUGUUUCAACAGUCUCAAGUACCAAGGAUGAAGAUCCUGUAGCUGCCACCAGGGAGUUAAUUGAGAUGUGGAGAUUGCUUGGCAGAGAAGUACCAGAACACAUCAGUGAAGAAGAGCUCAAAACCAUUAUGGAAUGUGCUUCUAAAUCGUCGAAAAAAAAAUAUUUAAAAUAUUUAUAUGUUAAGGAAAAAAUGAAAAAAGCUAAGCAAAUAAAAAAGGAAAUAAAAGCAGCAGCAAAGGAAAAAGCAAAAAAAGACCAGCUGCUAGAAACCACUAAGGAAGAUAAACAGCAAGACUUUAUGUUUCUACGACUUUGGGAUAGGAAUAUGGACAUAGCAAUGGGCUGGAGGGGUGCCCAGGCCAUGCAGUUUGGACAACCUUUGGUUUUUGACAUGGCUUAUGAUAAUUGUAUGAAACCACAAGAACUGCAGAGUACUGUUUCCCAGCUCUUAGAAAGUGAAGGAUGGAACAGAAGGGAUGUUGAUCCUUUCCAUAUUUAUUUCUGCAAUCUUAAAAUAGAUGGCCCUUUUUAUAGAGAGUUAAUUAAACGUUAUGGAGAAAAAUGGAACAAAUUGCUUUUAACAGCAACAGAAAAGUCUCACAUAGAUUUAUUUCCAAAGGACAGUAUUAUAUAUUUAACUGCAGAUUCUCCUAAUGUUAUGACUACUUUCAAGCAUGACAAAAUUUAUAUAGUGGGAUCUUUUGUUGAUAAGAAUCUGCAGCCAGGCGCAUCCCUAGCCAAGGCAAAACGGCUGAAUCUGGCAACAGAAUGCCUUCCAUUAGAUAAAUAUUUACAGUGGGACGCUGGUACAAAAAAUCUCACCUUAGAUCAAAUGAUACGUAUUUUGUUAUGUCUGAAAAACACUGGUAGUUGGGAAGAGGCCUUGAAAUUUGUUCCUAAGAGAAAACAUACUGGUUAUCUGGAGAUUUCUCAGUAUUCUCAAGAGUUUGUCAACAGAGUGAAGAAGUUAAAGACUUUUAAUUCAUUUCCAAAAGGCUCUCUAAAUAUACGCACACAGAAAAAGUGACCUGAAUGAGAAUAUUUGAUCGCUUAAAAACUAAAUGGAUUGGAAAUACAGUUCUAUUAGUCCCUUUCUUCCUGAGUGGAAUUCACUUGCUCUUUCUUUUAAAGGUUGUCUUUCCAAACUAAAUGAAUGAAGUAUUUUAUCUUUCCCCAAUUAACAUCUGCAAAACUUUGGAAAUAUAUUUUGUUUAUUAUAAAAAGAAACUUAAUCUUAGAAAGUAAAUGUUGUCCAAGUUUGUUGAGCCCAGUAAAACUGUUGUAUCAUUGGUGUGGCAUUUUUAUGAAUACUUGGGAGUCUUAGAUUCCAUUUUCCUUCUUAAAUGUUCUUUUAGCCAUGUCAACAACUAUCCUUUCAUCAAAAAUUGAUAUAAAGAUUUCUAAACUUCAGGUGGUGGUUCACUUAUUAAAGUAACAUUUGAUACAGUGCUGGGGAUUUCGUAGGCACUCAAGUAUAUUGCUUAACAGAAUCUUUAUUAAACAAAAUAUUAAGAUAAUCCCUUGGCAUGUCAUGGGAUUUGGCUUAUAAUGAAAAAUGGGUGUGGGGGGAUAAAACUCAUUUCUUGUCCUCUUGGAAAAAAAAGGGUUUAUUUGAUGAGUGUUACAUAUGGCACUUCCCAAUUACAGUAUAGAUGGUUUUCCUUUUCUAGGAAAUAGCUCCGUUUCUCCAGUCAUGAUUUGAAUGGAAGCUGCCAUAUUUUUACAGACCUUGCUCCCUUGGCCACAGCUGAUUAUCCAAAAGGAGACACCUCACACAAAUUUAGAGAUGGGCAUCUGACUUUAAGAUAGGGCAGUCAGAACCCUUUUCCAGGAAUUUUGGGCUUGAGAAUGAAGAUAACCUGUGUUAGUUCCUUUCUGAUGGUAGACUUUGACAAGUAGCUCUGGAAUUGAUAGUGGCCAUGUCUUUUAUGAAGGAGCCAGACUACAGUAGGAGAGUGAAGCUUACCUACAGAAAUAAGACCAAUUUCUGGAGCUGUUCAAAUCCCUGCUUCUAGUUGUCUCUGAGGUCUAGCUAUAGAUAGCAUUUAUUGGUUAUACAAACCUCAUGCAGUAUCCCGCUAAUAAAUUCCCCUUUGCCUAAACGAGUUCGGGUUUCUGCCACUUGCUACCUAAUGAGUCCUAAUAUAUUUGAGAAAAUAUGUACUUAUUUCCUAAGAAAUGAACUUUUAGGAACCAUAUUCAUUGUAGAUUGCCUGCACCAUUAAAAUUUUUGAAAACA